GUUUAAUUUUCAAAGAAUGCCGAAAAGCCCAUUACUAUGGAUGUACGACAGUUUUGCAGAUGGCCCACCGAACAAAAUUAUAAUCAGCCAUUGGAAACUAAUUGUCGAAACUAAGGUUCCACCCGGGUCAAAUAGAUUGGACUUAUAUGAACGGGACAUUAUCCUCUAUUAAUCCCGACAGUCCGGCUGAGAGCGAGGGGUACCCAUCACAAUUCUUCUACAACAGUCCCGGUAGUUGUAUCAAACCCUGGGGUCAGUGAGGAAAUUGGAAGAAACCAUUUUGGACCUCCUUACAUCAUCGGGUACCCGGGUGCGAAAUCGUCCCACCUUGUCACAUCAACAUUGCCGAUUUCGCCAUGACGAAUUGUAAAUCCAGCACCUGCCUGCGCCUCGGCGCUCUCGCGUCUGCAUUUGUAGCGCCCGCGGCAGCAGCAGGAUGCGACCGGUCGACGCUAAUCGAGACAACGAGCCGCUACGUCGCGGCGCAGAGCCUCGGUGAGAUCCGCUACCUACAGGGUCUGACGGCCAACACGACGUACACGGAGAACGCCAACGCGACGGCCAUUGGGGCGGGGAUCCUCUCGCGGGCGCUGAAGAUCGACCACAGCCGCAGUAUCCACGACACGACGGCGUGCUCGACGUACACGGAGCUGAUCAUCGCCGACCCGGCGCACCCCUACGUCAUCGGCACGCAGAUCCGCCUCGCGGCCGACGGCGGCGGGUGGAACGGCACCGGCAUCGCAAAGGUCGAGACCAUCGUGACCGAAGCCGGCGACUGGCUCUUCAACCCGCAGCACACGCUGCACUACACGCUCGCGGAGGCGUGGGAUCCUGUCCCCGAGGCGCAGCGAGAUACACGGGAGACGAUCCAGGCUGCCGCAGACGCGUACCUAGAUCUCUUUCGCAAGGGCCCCGGGAGCGUCGACGUGCCCUGGGCGGACGGCUGCAGGCGGCUCGAGGGCGGCCUGUACACGGCGCCGGGGGACACGUGCAUCAGCGGCGUGCCGACUGGCGUCGAGCUGGUCAACCGCCGAUACGUCAUCGACGAGGUUUUGGGCUCCGUCGACGUGUUUAUGAGCUUUGGCGGCGGCGAGAGCGGCAGCGGGUUGCCUGAUAGCCAUCAGUUCCGGAUCGAGAAUGGUAAGAUCCGGUUCAUCCAUACCAUUACCCAUUGUUUUCAGCCAAACUGCGGUUUCGGCGACCCGCCCGCGGAGCUGGGUCAGGAUGUGGGAUAUUAGGAAGCCCAUGGGUGCCAUAGGAUGUACUGAGAUAUAAAUCGACCCAGUAUUGAGCCUCCAGUCAGAAAUACUACUUGGGUUUGGAUCUGUUUGGUGCAAGCACCGAAACGGAGUUUGUAAAUCAUCGAACUGUGCGAAAUGCGAUCAAAGACAAUCAGGAAGUAGGCAUGAAGAACUGCAGAAGAACUCCACCUCCGGCUCUCUUUCGGCAUGAUGAGAACGUCCCAGGGACAGUAUUGGCUAUCAGCACAUAGGUUAUGCUAGGGUGGGCGAGAGCUCGAAAUCAGGACAAAGAGAGGAAACGGAAGCUUCAGCUGUAC